CGUCAAUUGCAUUUCAAAAGAAAAACAAAAUUAUUCACUAUCAAAAUAGAAGACAAAACAUGUGCAUUUGCAAAUGAAUACCAACUUAAUUUUAUUUGUGUAAUUAAAGAAAAAAUAAAAUGGGUUUUUUUGAAAAUCAUUUGUUUUUGCAUUUAUUCCGUUUUCGUGUUCGCACUGUAUAAAUGCCGGGUGAAAAUAAUUUAAAAAUCUAGUUUAUUUUAAAACUCAAGAGUGGUGGAAGCAUAAUUCAAAAAAAAAAACAAGAAAUAGGAAAAGAUUGGUUUUAUUCUUUUCAACAAUUUUUAAAUUACAAUCUAAUUGCUUCUUAUUGUUGUAAUUUAUAUAUAUUUAAAAAAAAAAUAAAACAAUGCAAAAACUAGCUAUUUCAAAAAGAAGGACUAAUUGGCCAAGGCACACACCACAUUUUCUUCAUAUUGCACCCAGGAACUUCAAACAAAGUAGAGCUCUUCCACCUUCUGAGUUGCAUCGUGCCGCUAAAGAAUAUUCCGUCCAUAAAAGAUUAAUUUCUUCCACAAAUGAAUCCAUUUCUGAACAAGAAAUCGCCUUACUUUUACACAAUGAAAACCGUCUAUCACUCGCUUAUGGUAAUUUGGACAGAGUUCCUUACCUAAUUCUAAAAUACAUGGCGGAAAAAAUCAAAAUCCUCGAUUUAAGUCAUAAUCGUUUUCGAAACCUCUCUUUUCUGCAACAUUUUACAAAUCUUCAAACUUUAAUUUUGGACAAGAAUUCAUAUUUGGAUUGUCAAACUUUGCCUACAAUGAAGAGUCUUGAAAUUCUCUGGCUUAACAAUUGCAAUCUUAUAAAUGUCACAGAUUGGUUGACAACACUGCAGGUUCAGUGUCCUAGUCUUAAGCAAUUGUCAAUGAUGUGCAAUCCUGUUGGCUGGACAGUACUUAAUGGAGUUAGCGAACACGAUGAAAGGGAAUAUUUAACGCAAAUACUUAAAGUUUUACCUAGUUUGGAAUAUUUUGACGGUAUCCGAAUAAAUGAUGGACAUAGAAGACUUGCAUUAGGACGAAGUCGAAUGUGUUUAGCUCUCCUUGAAAAAACAUUCAAAGAAAAAUUUAUUAGUUUUAUUAAUUUCCCAAUGAAAUUCCAUAAAAACUAUAUGUCAAUAGACAAGCUAAAUGCUCAUUUUAUUGCUAAAAACAAAGGUUUCUGAUGAUCAUAAGCAUGGUUUUUAUUUAUAUUUAAAAUAAAAUAAAAUUUGUAUGUUUUAAAUUAUGAAAUGUUGUUCAAAAAUUGUAAUGAUUAUCUUUGUAUUAAUAUUUAGAAUAAUUAAAAAAAUAGCAAAUGAUCUUCGUAUCUAUUUAUGGUAUUUCGAAACAUACGGGAAUGGUUU